UUCUUGCUCUUUGUUCACAUUCGAUCUUUGCCACCGGUCCGAGAACUUCACUCCGCUCCCGAACAGCGGCUGUCCUUACAGGUUAAAAACAGCACAAUGGACUGGAGGAUUAUUCUGGCCGUUUUGUGCCUGAUUGAGGGGUGUGCUCUCCAGAAUACAAAUACAACAAGCCCCUCUUUGUCUCCUCCUACUUCUGACAACGGAACCCAGUCUUCUCCUUCUCCUACUUCUGGCAACGGAACCCAGCCUACUCCUUCUCCUACUUCUGGCAACGGAACCCAGCCUACUUCUCCUCCUGGAAAUGGAACCCAGCCUUCUCCUUCUCCUACUUCUGGCAACGGAACCCAGCCUACUUCUCCUCCUGGAAACGGAACCCAGCCUACUUCUUCUCCUCCUGGAAACGGAACACAGCCUACUCCUUCUCCUGGAAACGGAACCCAGCCUACUUCUUCUCCUCCUGGAAACGGAACCCAGCCUACUCCUUCUGGCAAUGGAACAUCACCUACCAUCGCUUCUUUACGACCACCAUUUUUCCCAAUGUCCUUCAGCUCACCUGAAACAUUCACAUCUGAUUUGGGUAACAAAACCUCAGCAGGAUUUAAAAAGCGUGCAGACAUUGUCAAGAGAGCACUAGAGUUUUAUUUAAAUAAGCUCCCCAACUUCUUACAACUUGAUGUGGUUGGAUUCAGGAAUGGCUCUGUCAUUACUGAUACAGAGGCUGUGUUCAAGGCUAAUGCAACUCUUCCUGAUCCUGCCAAUAUAACCAGCACACUAAAGGAUGCAGCAAGCAAUGGUUCCUUGGGUUUUAACAUCACAGCAGGCUCAAUAAAUGUCAGCGCAGCAGUCAUAUCAACCCCAGCCUCACCAGUCGAUGCAACAAGUAAUGUAACUACAGCCUCAGCGUCAAACGCAACUACAGCCGCAGCAUCAAACGCAACUACAGCCGCAGCAUCAAACGCAACUACAGCCGCAGCAUCAAACGCAACUACAGCCGCAGCAUCAAACGCAACUACAGCCGCAGCAUCAAACGCAACUACAGCCUCAGCAUCAAACGCGACUACAGCCACAGCAUCAAACGCAACUACAGCCUCACCUACAAAUGCAACUACAAGCAUAUCAACCACAGCACCUGCAGUUGCUGCAAAAUUCAAUGUGUCCUUCAGCAUCAAUGACACCUUUAAUUCAAAUCUGACCAAUAGCAACUCUGAUCAGUUUCAAGCACAAUCCAAAAUCAUCAUCUCUCAGCUUCAGCCGUUUUUCGUGAAAGCCUUCAAAAACUUCAUCCGCAUGUUCAUUUGGAGAUUCCGGAGUGGCUCCAUUUUGGUUGACUCCACACUUGACUUCAACUCUAGUGCCAGUAUCCCUAACGUGGCGCAACUGAGAGACACACUUGUUAAUGCAUUUAAAAGUGGAAAUUUGAAUUUCACUGCUGAUCCGAACUCCAUCGUCAUCACCCAGAUUUUAGGCAAUUCCAUGGCGCCAAGAAUGGCCGGCUCGCUUCCUUUACUCUUCAUGUCCCUUAUAUCACUUUUGCUUUCAUUUGCACUGCACUUCUAACCACAAUUCAGACCAGCACACAGCAUACACAUUCUGUCAGCAUGGAAAUUCAACAAGUCAUACACAAAAGCAGUGCUUCAUGCACAUUGUCCACGCUUUUCUAGCUACAAUCCAUACUUUUUAUUUUAAAAUGGGAAUUAUUAAACGUGUGAUUACAUAAUUCUUAUCUUAUAAAGGGGAUCCAUUCUUUGUUAUAAAUAGAGGGUGUCCAUUUAUAUAUGUGUAUAUAUAUAUAUAUAUAUAUAUAUAUAUAUAUAUACACACACACACACACACACACACACACACACAUUCAUAUUGUGCUUUAUUUUUGUACCAGUGUAAUUGGAUAUUUAAUGAAGGUUGUGUCCGGUUAGGAGCGCCCUGAAAAUUCCUGCAUAUUCCUGACAUAUUACCAGGCUUUUUGUCAUCCAUUAACUAAACAGUAAACAUCACGCAUGUGAUAAUGAUUUUAUAUGCAGUACACCGUAGAGUUUCUAACAGACUAAAAUGAACUUUCUUUUAAAACUACUGAGCACUACAUAUAACGUUUUACAUGUCUAUGUAUGACUAUAAAGGCAGUAUCAAAUAAAGUUUGCACAUUUAA